AUGAUGCAAGCUGCUGUUGACGAAUCAACCUGCGCCGAGGCUGCUGACCAUGGCGCUGCUGAGCCGCAUGAGAAUGACACUAUGUCUCCUGACGACUAUGCCCACCAUUUCGGCCCCAUCUUGUCUGACGAGGAGUUCGAGAGACAUGUCCAAUCUGCGCUGCGACGGUCCAGGGAGGAGCCGCAGGCUGACGGACGCGACCCCGCGUCGGCGUCUUCGUCGGGAUUGGCUGGUGCAUCUUCCCACGGGUCGAUUUCUGCAGUGCCGCUCCCUGUUGGGCGCGACGGAGAGGGCGACAACUCGAGCGAGACCGACGGUGAGUUUGACAAACGGGGCUGGCGGGUCUGUUUACGUAUGUGCAUUCGUUCAUAUAUUAUGUUGCUGUUUCUGGAGGCUUCUGGACGCAUCUGUAGGUUUGCGAUUUUCAGAGGCUUCAGGGGACUUCCG